GCGGAAAUUAUAAACAAAACUACGGAACAUAACAGUGUUUUGAGGAUCCGUGUUUUGAGACUUCACAGAAAGAUGUUUAUACUUUAGUUAAUAGUUCUGCAUAAAUAUGUCAGUAAAAGAUCAGAGUUUUGCCUGUGGAGAUGCUGGGGAGAACAACAUUCAGGUGUUUGUCCGUAUACGACCCCCCAGUGGUGACGAGCCUGGCUACUCCCGUGUUGUUGACGUAGCUGACGGCGGUACUCAGCUAAUACUGCACCAGGAACCCAACCCGAGGAUAUUCGCCUUCGACUUUGUGGCUGACAUCACGUCAACCCAGGAUGCUAUAUUCAAUCGACUGGGCAGGAAGGUGAUAGAGAACUGUGUGGCUGGAUACAAUGGGACAAUAUUCGCAUAUGGCCAGACUGGAUCUGGUAAAACCUUUACGAUGCUCGGACCGAAUGAGGAUGCAGACAACUUCCAGCAUGAGCUACGAGGUGUGAUACCUCGCAGUUUUGAAUACCUGUAUCAGUUGAUAGAGCGGGAAAAGGAACUGCAUGGUGAGGGUAAGCAGUUCCUGUGUAAGUGUUCGUUCCUGGAGAUCUACAAUGAGCAGAUCUUUGACCUCCUGGAGCCGUCACCCACGGUACUCCACCUCCGGGAGAGCCUCAAGACGGGUGUAUAUGUGGCCGGGCUGUCAGAGAAAGUCGUUGCAGACGCUAGCGAAGCUUAUGAGGUUCUGUGCUCAAGCUGGAUGAACCGCAAGGUGGCGUCCACCUCAAUGAACCGCGAGAGCUCCAGGAGUCACGCUGUGUUCUGUCUUCAGAUUGAGUCCAAGGAGAAGAAGGGAUCUGUGGAGCACAUCCGGACAUCUCAGCUCAACCUGGUGGAUCUGGCAGGAUCAGAGCGACAGAAGGACACAAACGCCACCGGCAUCAGGCUCAAGGAAGCAGGCUCGAUCAACAAGUCUCUCUCCAACCUGGGUAAUGUGAUCAUGGCCUUGGUGACCGUAUCCAGGGACAACAAGAAGAGAUACAUACCUUACAGGGACUCCAAACUCACGUUUCUUCUCAGGGACUCUUUAGGAGGCAACUCCAAGACCAGUUUGAUAGCGUGCAUACAUCCUGGGCACAAGUGUUUUGGAGAGACCUUAUCCACGUUGCAGUUUGCUAAGCGUGCCAAGAUGAUCAAGAACAAGGCAGUAUUAAAUGAGAACGCCAUGGGUAACAUCAGCCAACUACAGGCCGAGAUACGGGCUCUGAAGGAAGAGCUUCAGAAAUACAAGGAGGGAAUUAUCUGUGUACAGCCACAGACUGUGUGCGCGUCUGCACCAGUUGAGAGCAUGCCUGUUCUGAAGGAGAUGUUCUUACAGGCCAUGUACUUGAAACAGAGGGCAGACAUGGAGAAACAGGAAUUAGAAGAAUCUGUUGACAAGCUGAAAGAUAUCAUUGACAAAAAGGACAAAACCAUCCAGACCAAUAAGAUGAUAAUCAAAUUCCGAGACAAUAAUGUUAAGCGACUGGAAGAUAAACUUAAAGGCAUCGACGUGAAAUGUGAAAAGGACUCAAAUGUGGAGAGCCUGGAGCGUGAGGUAGAGGCCCUGCGUACGCUGGUGGACAACAACCCACAGCUGGCCAAGUAUGCCCUGGAGACCAAGCAGCUCAAGGUAGCCUACGCGCGCCUCAAGGAGGAGCCUGGUACCUUGGAGAGGGUUGCGCGGGACAUGGACCGUACACACAGGCUGCAUGAGAUGUACAACACACUGGUCAUGGAGCAGCAGGGCUGCAAGGAGGAGCCCCAGAUCACCCCCCAGCGUGUGGACGGUGUGAGUGCUGCCACUGUGGAAAAGCUGCGCUCACAGAACAAUGACCUGUCUGCCAAACUGGAGCAGGUUCAGCAGCAGCUGGAAGACUCGCAGCAGACGUCAGAGAAGAGUCUGACACAGCUACGAUCCAAGCUGGAGGCGUCAGAGAAGCAAGUGCGGGAGCUGGAGCUGCUACUGUCUGCGUACAACACCAAGACCAAGAUAGAGAAGGACAUGAUGAAUGAUCUCCACAUACAGACCGUCAAGACAAUGUUGACACCGAAGAAGGAGUGCUACAAGUUACGCAGCCGGACCGUAGUGGCGAGGUUGUCAAACAACUCUGGCUCUGACCUGAAUGACACCAUCCCCUUUGAGAGCCCCGAGGGAGGCGGGGCCAGCUGCAUGGAGGACGAAGGCAUCAUGGGAGUGGACAUGCCUGAGGAGUUUGCACUGGCUGAGCAAGAGGCGCUACUGGACCAGAUCAAACAACUACAGAGUCAGAUGACCUCGGCUGAGAGUCGUAUAGACGAAUACGAGAAGGACAGAGUGAGCUACCAGCACAAGGUGUCCCUGCUGCAGUCCCAGUUAGGUCACACAGAACAGUAUCUGGAGACAGAGAAGCAAAAGACACAGUCUCUCCGAGAUGAACUCAAAAAAGUGGAGCCUCUGAUGAAGACCCUAACAGACGAGAGAGACAGUGCUGCUGGUGAGAAGGAGGACCUGAAGCUGAUGUUGCUUCAGGCAGACAGGGAGAUAAGGGAGCUCAGAGACAAACUGCGGGCAGCAGAGAUGGAAGGAACGGAGAAAUAUGACUUACUAGCGUCCAAGAUUGCAGAGUUCGAGAUAGCACUUCAACAUGCUAUGAAGGCCGAAGAAAAGCUUAAAGAAGAAAACACUUUACUCUUGGACAAACAAGAGGAUGAUAUGGCCACAAUAGAGUUCCACAAGCAGUUCAAUGAAAACCUGGAGAAACAACAGGCAGAGAAAACAAGUCUCAUUGAAAAACUGGAGAAACAAAUAAAGGAUCAGGAGCAGAGGCUGGACUGUGAAAGGCUACAGAGGGAGUCCCUUGUAUUGAAGCUCCAGGCAGAGGGGGAGGAAAAAGAGCAGGAGCUGUACAACCGUAUAGAGGAGAACAAGUCCCUGCAGUCUGAGUACGAGGGCACCAAGAACAUGCUGGAGGCCUCCCAGAUCACAGUCACCAAGCUGAAGGCAGUCAUAGACGAGAAAGAUGACAAGAUAUCUCACCUGGAGUUAGACAUGCGCCAGGCUGAAGAGAAGAUAAACCAAUUAUUCAGUCGGGUGAAGGCAGCGGAGGAUGGUCUAGAGGAGACAAGACAGCAGCUGGCGUCCUCCCAGGAGGAGGUUACAUUCUACCGUACCUCGGUGGACGACCAGUCAGCCUCGAUAUCAGAGUUGAAGGCUCAGUUGGAGGCCUCAGAAGAGAAGAAGAUUGAAGCUCUCAAGCAGUCGGAAGUGAAUAUUGAGAUAGUGACCGAUGAGCUGGCCCAUGAGAGAACCCUGAGUGCACAGCUCAAGUUACAGAUCUCGUUCCUUGAGACUGAGAAGGAGGAGCUUGGCGACAAACUAUCGAGACUAGAGGUACAGUUGUUGAUAAAGGAGGAGGACAGCAGACGUCAGGCUGAGACGGCCAGCCAUGCAGAGGACCUGAUCUCCCAGGUGGACAUGCUGAAUACCAUGAGGCUGCAGAAACAGGGGGAGAUCGAAAGACUCUCUGCCCGUAAUGAACAGCUUGAGGAGAUAAACAGGCUAACAAACAUACAGUGUGUGAAGAUGGAAGAAGAAAAUGACUGCAUGAAAGAAAGAAUAACCAGCCAGCAGUGUGAGUUGGACCUUUUGAAGGACCAAAUGACAUCAUCCAAGAAGGAGCUCCAGGAGAGAGACAAGGGUAUCGCUUCCUUGAAGGCUGUGUUAGAGCAACAGAAAAACAGUUUGACGCGACUCUACAUGGACUGUACAGAGUUAGAGAGGGAGAAGAAAUACUAUGAAGAACAGUGCGAAAGACUAAAGGAGGUGGCAGUGAAGGAUGAGUUGAACAAGACAGAGCUUAAGGAGAGGGCUAGACUACUUGAGGCUCAGAUCAGCACACUAACUGCAGACCUUGACAAACACAGUGGAGGCAUGGAUCAGCUGGCGACAGUGUUAAGGGAACAGUUCAAUGUUGAAACACCUACCAUGGAUCUGGACUCGAUUGCAGCAAUACUUCGAGACCUCAAGUCUGACUUGGACAUUAUGAAUUCAGCGUUUGGUUCAGAGGCGGGCCAUAAAAAUCCGAAGAAUAGGUUCCACCUUAUGGAAAGAUACAUUCAGCAAAAACACAAUCUAAAUGAGGUCAGACAUGAACUGGCACGCUUAAUGCUUACCAUAAAUUCUUGGAAAAGAUUCAGCUCAGCCUGAGAGUGAAGUUCCUGGAAAAUCAGCUGGAAAAGGUUGAUGGGGCAUGUCAUAGGGGCCCAACAACUAGAACUCCCUUGAAGGAGAACAUGGCACCUAAAAAACAUGUGGACGCUUCUAAAGUAGCGCCAAAAUGAACUUAUGUUACAUGAUUUUAUUUUUAUCUAGGUCAUUUAUUUUGGUUGUUUUGUAUGAAUUAUUCAAUACAAACCAAGGCAAUUUAUGAAAAUAAUUAUCAUUCAUUAUUAUUAUUCCCAUUCUCACAUGUACAUGUAACUAUGCUCAAUAUUCUUGAUUUCUUCCAAAACUUAAAAUUUACAUGUAGUGUGUACUUGUCACAGGUGACAAACUUGUUCUUGGUUGUUAACUAAGUUCAGAUUUAAAUACAAGUAGUGUACUUGUAUAAACAAUUUAUAAAAUUAUAUUUACUCAAAUUGCUGUGCUCCAUUUUAAAUGAAAUUAUGUGUGUUGUAUCUACGUACAUUUGUAUAAUACGAUGAGUAAAAUAUGAGGUUCUUUCUUUCUAUUAAGAGCGUUUUUGUUUUCUAUUGCAUAAUUUAUGUACAUGUUCACAAGCCCUACAUUUGAUGUUUGAAGAUGCAUUUUACAUUUUUCAGUGUUAGAAUAUUAACAAUUAACAUUUUGAUUUUGUAAAGUAUUUAUAGCACUACUAUUAAAUGUAGACAUAUCAUAAUCAGCCAAUGGUUGUUUAUUAUGUAGUUUUCAUUUUCACAGCAACAAUAUUUUCUACUUGUACCAUGACACUUGCCCAAUACCAACCUAUUUUCAGGGUUAAUGUAAGUUUUAACAGAUUUUAUUUAAAUAUACUCUUUCAUAGCGAGAGAAGUUUAAUCUUAUUUAAUUUUUAUGCCCACUUUGAGUGGCUGGCAAUAAUAAUUGCCCGGUGUGUCCAUCCCCAAGCUCACUUUGAACUUAUCUUUAACUAAUGGGUUGGUAGCGCACAAACUUUAGUAGUUGAAAGACUUAAUGUGUAGUUGAUCGUACAUAAUUGUUUUGGGGCUGCAACAAUUUUUGACAGAAAUAUAGCCCUUUGUGUCCGUUUCCUCUAUAUAAUAUAUAGCUUAAAUAACUUGUUUUUUCAACUCCUCUUUCACUAAUGGGUCAUUCUUUCCCAAACUUACAGUUGAAUACAUGUGACCUUAAGGUGAAGAUGAUUGCAAAGAAAUGACUUAGCUGCAAUGAUUUAUAGCAGUAUUUUGGGCAGCUAUAGAAUAUAUAGUUUCCAAAUUGUGUGUUUUCAACUCCUUUUAGUACUGGGUUGAUCUCUCUUGUGUUCAUGGUUGAAUGACCUGAAAGUGUAUAUGAUUGUAAAGAAAGAAUAAUGUCUACUGUAGAAUAUUACAGUGGACUUGUCUGCAUCCAAACACGUGUUGUGGAGGUGAAAGUGUCAGUGGCAUAUUUCUAGUUAGUAACACACAUGGACAAACAAAACUUAACUGCAUUUAAGUAUAUUGAUAAUUUGUUGACAUGCUCAUAGCUGAAGCUGACCAAAUUAAUAAAUUAACCAUUUCAGAAAAGACAUGUAAUACUGGUGUCUUUCGAGAAGUGUUCAAGCAUAGCAUGGAGUAUUUACAACUACUGCUACAUAGCAUGUCAAAAAUAGAUAUUAUAAAAUAUAUUACAAGAUUACUUGUUUUUUAUCGAUUUAAUUUCUAGAUUCAGACAAAUAGGCAACUUCUAUUCAGUACAUAAAUAUUGCACAAACAAAAAAAAUUCCUUUUCAAACUAUGUUAAACAAAAAAUGAUGUGACUAAAGACAUGAUUUGAGCCCAGUACUGCCAAAAUGGGUCUUAUGCCAUAUGUGACCAGAAUAUUUCUAGACCAGCCAGUGUAAUUGCAGUCUGGUCACGAGCUACUCUGUCCACCUUAAGAUCACAAUUGGUUUUGUGGUCUCUUUACCAAACAUGGUAGCUCCUAACAAGACUUGUGCACAUGUUGGUAAAAUAUGGUAUAAGACCCAUUUUUGAAUGGUAUAGCUCACUUAAAAAAAACAAAAAGAAAUCAAACUUGUGGUAAUUAAAUAUUUCAUAUGAAUGAAACAUGUAUGAAAGGAAUGUAAAAUUCUAAAACUGCAAUUCAAUGUAUACAUAAAAAGUUGCCACUGUACCUUUACGAAGGCUCAAGGACAACGUAUUCCAAACCAAUGGUACACAUAGCAUAUGUUGUUAAUGUAUCCACACAAGGCCUAGUUGACUAAGAAACAAUUGCAAAAGGAAAUUGUGUUAAAUUAAGUACAAAUACAAGAGCGCUAUGAAGGCCCAUAAGCACUUACUUGAGUUCAGGGUACACACAUUUUCGAGCGUGACCCUGAUUAUAACUCUGAAUAGGUAUUGUCAAAAUGAAUGUUCUCACCCACUUCCAUCAAAUUGCAUAAAAAAUGCAGAAUGUAAUCAGAUAACAACACACGACGGAAGAUAGUGAUCACUUUAGCUAACCUUGAGCAUUUUGUACUCCAGUUAGCUAAAAAGUCUAUAUAUUAUAUAUCCAAAUAAAUAUAGCAUGACCGUGAUUGUUGCAAAGUACAAAUAACUAUGGUUGAUAAUGACAGAAAGUUUCUUUGAAGUUGGCAGCUCCAUUGUUAGGCACUAUGACUUGGGGGAACCAUUUUGGUCCAUUUAAAACGGUCUGUUGCGAUUACAAGGAAAAUAACACUUGAUAUACAUGAAGCUUCAUUAAACAAAAUUGGACAAGUGGCUUAUUUUCAUGGUCUUUAAGACCAGGGAUGGCACUGUGCCUGAAUUUCCUAAUCUGGGGUACCCCUGUGCUUGAAUUCCAACAUUAAUAUUAAGUGGUUGUUUUAGAUCUAGAAUGAUGCAGAAAAACAUUAUUGGGCAUAUAUAUGAAACUUACACAAAUGGAAUCUCAUUGCCAGCUGAGGAUCUUUGACGCUGUGCCUAAACAAAAUCCUGGCUUGGAACCCUAAAUAAAGACAAGCUUUUGUAUAAACAAUUAAAUUCUGUGCAUUGGAACUCAUUGAACAAGAGCUGUGUUUGUGAAACACAAUGCCCCUAUUGCGCCGCUUUGAAGCCAUAUAUUUGACUUUGAUGGAAGACCUUGGCCUUUCACCACUCACAGUGUGCAGGUCCAUGAGAUACAAGUGCAUGCCUAAUAACAAGUUGCUAUCUUCAAUAUUGCAAAAUUUAUGCCCAAGCUUAAAGUUUUGGGACAGAAUGACAGACAGACAGGCCAAAAACAGUAUACACCCGAUCAUUCCAUCCGGGGGCAUAAAAAAUAAUAAUAAGAGAUCUUUAAUUUAAAAGGAUUAUUAUAAUUACUAAAUGAUUUUAUGUUCAAUAGUAAAGAACAAAACUGAGGCAUUCCAGAAUCUGUACCUUACCUCAAAUAUCCGAGUUGUUUCAGUUACAUUUCGC